UAAUAAUGCGUGUAGGGCUGAGCUGUGAAGACUGAAGAGCUGUCUCUCUCUCUCUCACUCACAUUUAUAAUUUCCCUCUUCACUGAGUUAAAAUUUUCUCACUUUGUUUCCUAUUUUACCCUUGAUCAUCCUUCAAAUCUCCCAACACCUGCCAUUCCACUCAGAUGUCUUGUUGUGUGGAGCAGCAAUGAAGACGAAGAUGGAGAUGGAGAUGACUUCUCAGAUCCACUUCUUUCUCCUUCUUCUUUUUGCCUGCUUCUUCUUCUUCUUCACUGGCCUCUCUCACUCUCAUCCACUCACUUUUAAUGGCGAUCUCUCCGACAAGGAAGUCCGGCUAAUCCGACAGCGACAGCUUCUCUACUACCGCGACGAGUUCGGCGACCGCGGCGAGAAUGUCGUCGUCGAUCCAUCUCUAGUCUUCGAGAAUCCACGGCUCCGAAAUGCUUACAUAGCUCUUCAAGCUUGGAAGCAAGCCAUUCUCUCUGAUCCAAACAAUUUCACCACCAACUGGAUCGGCUCCGAUGUAUGCAGUUACACCGGAGUUUACUGUGCUCCGGCGCCGGAUAAUCGUCGGAUCCGUACCGUCGCCGGGAUAGAUCUCAAUCACGCCGAUAUUGCCGGGUACUUGCCUCAGGAGCUUGGUUUGUUAACGGAUCUCGCUCUGUUCCAUGUUAAUUCGAACCGCUUUUGUGGAACCGUACCGCAUCGGUUUAACCGGCUUAAGCUUCUCUUUGAGCUUGAUCUCAGUAAUAACCGGUUCGCCGGAAAAUUCCCCGCCGUCAUCCUCCAGUUACCGUCGUUGAAGUUUCUGGAUCUACGGUUCAACGAGUUUGAAGGACCUGUGCCUAGAGAGCUCUUCAGCAAAGAUCUAGACGCGAUCUUCAUCAACCAUAACCGGUUCCGGUUCGAGUUACCGGAUAAUUUGGGAGAUUCGCCGGUUUCAGUCAUCGUUGUGGCGAACAAUCAGUUCCACGGCUGUAUUCCGACGAGUUUAGGCGAUAUGAGGAACCUGGAAGAGAUCAUUUUCAUGAACAAUGGGUUUGAUUCUUGUUUGCCUUCGGAGAUCGGACGGUUGAAAAACGUGACCGUGUUUGACUUCAGUUUCAACGAUCUGGUCGGGCCGUUACCGGCGAGUAUUGGCGGGAUGGUUUCGAUGGAGCAGUUAAACGUGGCGCAUAAUAGAUUCUCCGGUAAGAUUCCGGCGAGUAUUUGUCAGUUGCCGAAGCUGGAGAACUUCACUUUCAGCUACAAUUUCUUCACCGGGGAACCGCCGGUGUGUCUCGGGUUGGCUGGGUUUGAUGAUCGGCGUAACUGUUUGCCGGCGAGACCUGCGCAGCGAUCUCCAGGGCAAUGUGCGGCUUUCUUGUCUCGGCCGCCGGUGAAUUGUGCAUCGUUUGGAUGUGGCCGUUCUGUUUCUCCCAAGCCUCCGAUUGUCGUUCCGUCACCGCCGACAACACCAUCUCCUGGUGGUUCUCCUCCUCCCACCGUGGUGCCUCCAUCUAGUCCUCCGAUCAUUGCUUUAUCUCCUCCGUCAACUCCACCAUCACCACCUGGUUCUUUUAGUCCACCGUUCACAAGCCCGUCUCCACCUCCUGGUCCUCCUAGUCCUCCGGGUGUUGUCCCGUCACCUACACCACCUCCGGUUUACUCUCCUCCGCGUCCGCCACCUACAGGGUACUCUCCUCCAUCUCCUCCACCGUCGACAGGUUACUCUCCACCGCCGUCAACAGGGUACUCUCCUCCAUCUCCUCCACCGUCGACAGGUUACUCUCCACCGCCGUCAACAGGGUACUCUCCUCAAUCUCCUCCACCGUCGAGGUACUCUACUCCGCCUCCGCCGCCAACAGGUUACAUUACUCCUUCUCCUCCACCGUCGACAGGUUACUCUCCUCCACCGUCUACGGGUUACUCUCCUCCAUCACCUCCGCCGUCUACGGGUUACUCUCCUCCAUCACCACCGUCUACGGGUUACUCUCCUCCAUCACCUCCGCCGUCUACGGGUUACGCUCCUCCGCCGUCUACGGGUUACUCUCCUCCGCCGUCUACGGGUUACUCUCCUCCAUCACCACCGCCUCACUCGCCGUCACCGCCAGUCCCUUACUACUAUAGCUCACCUCCACCACCACCGCAUUACUCAUUACCUCCACCACCGGUUUAUCACUAUCUAUCCCCACCACCUCCACCAACGCCACUAUAUUCUCCUCCGCCGCGAUCACCUCCACCGUGCGUAGAAUACUCACCGCCUCCGCCUCCGACUGUCCAUUAUAGUCCCCCUCCCCCACCACCACCUGUCCACUACACUCCGCCGCCAUCAUCGCCACCUCCGCCGGUGAUUCAUCACAGCCCCCCACCACCACCUCACAGUUACGAGGGACCACUGCCUCCGAUUCACGGAAUAUCAUACGCUUCUCCUCCGCCGCCUCCCUUCUAUUGAUUCAUUUGAGAUUUUUUCUCGCACGGGUCCCACCUAAUUAUGCCAAAACCCGAAACCGCAAAAACGUUGUCGUCUCAAUAACACUCCAUCAAAUCGAUAGAAAGAUUCAUAAACGGCAUCGUUUAAAUAAUUUCUUGUAGAGUGGUUGGAUAAUUCUCUGAAAGAUUUAUUCGCCAAGGAAGAAAAUUUUCAAAGAGGAAAUUAGGAUUUGCUGGGAAAAGUUGUAUAUAUAGAGGGAAUUAAAAAAAAUGGAGCAACCCAUCUUUAUUCUUCUUAUUAUACACCACUCAUUACUCUUGUUAAUUAACUAAUUUUAAUAGUUAUCAUUGUUGCUUAAACUCAAAAAAAUUCAUGUUUUC